CCUACCGGCUAAAGACCGAGAAAGGCUCUUAGCGGACAAUGGUGCCGAGCUCUUAAAGAGAAAAGAUAUCGUGUGCAACAUGAACAUCUUGUUUUGGUAUGGCAUAGUCGUAGAGUUUUUUGGUAUGGCAUACUAUCUUGCUUUGGUAUACUCACAGCAUAUAGUCUUGAUUUUGGUAUGGUAUAGACGAGUUUUUUGGUUUGGCAUAGACGAGUUUUUUGGUACUAUGGCAUAGACGAGUUUUUUGGUACUAUGGUAUGCUAUUCUUUUUUUGCUGUAAAAAAAAUGGCACAUGAAUGCUUUGUCUUUGUUCCACCUCUCACUCCUAUCGAUCUGACCAGCAAAAUUCAAGUUGUACGUCUACAUAUCUUCCUCCUUCUUCUAACCCCCGAUCCUUCUACCCAACCACACGCUGCGAUGGCUUCUCAGUUGUGCGGGAUUAGUGCAACAGGACUUGAUUUUCGAACUGCUAAGCUUGGAACCACCACCAAUGAUUCAGCUAGAGAUCGCGCCUUCCGGGAAUACGGGAAGCAAGGUACUACUAAGUACCUCUACAUCAACCUAAUAGUAAUAAGUAGACUUCAGCUUGCUUUUUCCUGAAGGAGGAGCUGAAGUCUACCUAUUAGGUUGAUGUAGAGGCACUUCUUCUCUCUUGAAGCUGAAGUCUCCUCAGUAGAGUCUACGUCUCUACUUAUUAUAAUUAGGUUGUAGAGUCUUAGGUUGAUGUAGAGUCUACGGCUAGCUCUAGUAUAAGUCUUUGUUCUACUUUGAUGGAGAACUACUGGUACCACCUACGGGAAUUCGCUGCGUAGUUGAGGAUGUUAGGAUUGGAACGAAGAGGACUAGGAAAUCAAACACACAGAGAGUCGUUAAUAGUUUUUUUUCAUGGAACGAAGAGGACUAGGAAAUGAAACAGAGAGUUGUGAAUAUUUCUUCUUUCUCAAACUGCAUCAUCCGAAUCUGUCAGUCCUCUUUUUGGUUCAACAUCCCGAGAAUACGUAGAUACAUCCCCCUCAAUCUCAGCCCGACGCAGCUGCUCUAGAGAUUGACGGAGGUCCGAGGAUGGUUUCGGUCGUCGAUCAUUUAGCGCUUUUCAAUACGGCACUGAUGGAUCGGGUUUUGAGGACAGUGAAAUACGUCCUAGACGCUUCCGCUGUGGCCGCUGGUUGCGACCCUUUAUCGGAGCGCCUAGCACAACGGCUAGUGGAGAUUCUGAUCUACCUGGUAGACAAG